AAGCCGUUUUUUUUACCUCAGUUCUUGCCGCCAUUUUAUGCCUGGUGGUGCUCUGAGGCGAGAAAGAAACCCAGCUGUGUAACGCCGGUCUUCUCUCAACCGCCACCAUUUUCGCCAUGUCGAGAGACCGCUUCCGUAGCCGAGGAGGCGGCGGAGGCGGUUUUCAUCGGCGCGGAGGCGGUGGGGGCAGAGGCCUCCCGGGCAACCACGAUUUCCGUUCCCCUCCGCCUGCCAUGGGGGGUGGUAUGGGCCAGACCCGCGGCGGACCCCACCAUAUGGGCGGCAGCGGAGGUCUCGGGGGCCCACCGAAGCCGGAGCCGCCGAAGCCACCUAGCUCAGCCUCCACACCGCCUUCCUCCUCGGCUUCCUCGUCCGUCUCCACCGGCCAAACCGGCUCAUCGCCUUCCGUCGGAGGUACGGCCCAGAACCAGGCUGCCUCACAACCGCCGCCUGCCGCCGUCGUAACCGUAACCACGCCGAGCUCUUCCUCGGCUCCCGCUGCGUCUUCGGCACUCCAGAGCGGCGGGCGAGGCAGCGACCCGCCACAGCAGUCACAACCGCCGCCGACUCAAAGCCCUAGCCAGGUCGGCUCGAAGAAAGGGCCCGCCGGACAGUCCCCCGGAGGAGGUGGAGGAAGUGGCGGCGGCCCGAAGGGAGGCCCGGGAGGGCCCCAGCAAGGAGGAGGCCCCAAGGGCGGAGGCCCCGGGCAGCACCGCGGCGGCGGCGAAAGGCGAGGGGGCCAAGGCCAGCAUCAGCACCCCUCGCAACAGCAGCAGCAGCAGCAACAGCAGCAGCAACAACAACAACAAGGCCCCGGUGGGGAGAAAAUAUCGGAUGCUGAGGGAUUUAAAGCCAAUCUGUCACUUCUGAGGCGUCCUGGAGAGAAGACCUAUACUCAACGUUGUCGUCUUUUUGUUGGGAAUUUGCCUGCUGAUAUCACUGAAGAGGAGUUUAAGAGGUUAUUUGCUAAAUAUGGUGAACCUGGUGAAAUCUUCAUCAACAAGGGGAAAGGGUUUGGAUUUAUUAAACUGGAAUCUCGAGCUCUGGCUGAAAUUGCAAAAGCUGAACUUGAUGAUACCCCUAUGAGAGGAAGACAGCUUCGUGUGCGUUUUGCCUCACAUGCUGCUGCUCUCUCUGUGCGUAAUCUUUCCCCAUACGUAUCUAAUGAACUGCUGGAAGAAGCAUUCUCUCAGUUUGGCCCCAUUGAAAGAGCAAUUGUAAUUGUUGAUGAUCGUGGAAGAUCAAUUGGAAAAGGCAUUGUUGAAUUUGCAUCCAAGCCUGCAGCACGGAAGGCUUUUGAACGUUGUACUGACGGGGUGUUUCUGUUGACAACUACCCCCAGACCAGUUAUUGUGGAGCCACUUGAACAACUUGAUGAUGAAGAUGGGCUUUCAGAAAAGCUGGCUCAGAAGAAUCCAAUGUACCAAAAGGAGAGGGAGACUCCUCCGCGCUUUGCUCAACCUGGAAGUUUUGAAUAUGAAUAUUCUCAGAGGUGGAAGUCAUUGGAUGAAAUGGAGAAACAGCAGAGAGACCAGGUGGAGAAAAACAUGAAAGAUGCUAAGGACAAGCUGGAAAGUGAAAUGGAAGAUGCCUAUCAUGAGCAUCAGGCGAAUCUCUUGCGUCAAGAUCUGAUGAGGCGACAGGAAGAACUGAGGCGCAUGGAAGAGCUUCACAAUCAAGAGAUGCAGAAGCGGAAAGAAAUGCAGCUGAGGCAGGAAGAAGAGCGCCGUAGGCGAGAAGAGGAAAUGAUGCUCCGCCAACGUGAGAUGGAAGAGCAAAUGAGAAGACAGAGGGAAGAAAGUUACAGUAGAAUGGGUUAUAUGGACCCUGUAAGUCAGGACUGGAAGAAUCCCAGUAGUCUUGUUACUCAGAGAGAGAGAGACAUGAGAAUGGGUGGCACCAGCACAAUGAACAUGGGAGAUCCCUAUGGUACAGCGGCUCAGAAAUUCCCACCUUUAGGAGGUGGCACUGGCCUUGGCUACGAAACCAGUCCUGGAGUUGGACAAGCAUCUAUGAGUGGCUCUAUGAUGGGAAGUGAUAUGCGCCCUGAACGAUUUGGGCAGGGUGGUGCAGGGCCUGUAGGUAGCCAGGGCCCUAGAGGAAUGGGGCCUGGAACUCCAGCAGCUUAUGGGAGAGGGAGAGAAGAAUACGAAGGUCCAAACAAAAAGCCCCGAUUUUAGAUGUAACUUGUAGAUUUUCAUUCCAGUUUGUUGUGUUGGUCUUGUUUAGACACUACUUUUUUUUAACUCUUGCAUUUUAGUAAGAAAGCAACGUUUUUAUGGAUGUUAGAAACUUAAUAACCUAGAAUUUGUAAGUGAUCUGGGCAAGAAAAAUCUAAUUAUGUAAUGCAGUGUUCAAAACUUAGCUUUUUUUGAUGUAUAACAUCCCUACCUUGAUGGCAGUGUACUGUGUGCCAUUUGAAUACCCACGUGUAAACUUUUUUUACUGUGCUUAAAAUAAAUAGACUAAAUGUAGCACUGAUUCUUAAUCGUAAACUUGCCGUUCACCAUUCCAAGAAUGCAAGGUAAAGGAUGCUCUUACCCUCCAACAUGGAGUGUGGAGGUUGGAAAGAAACCAGGUGUUUGGCAUGCUCUAUAGCCAGAAGCCACUGUGCCAUAAAAUAACUGAACUGCCUACUUGCCAAUAUGAAAUGUUGAGACCUGAUUUAGACUUGACUAUGGAAGAACCUUACGGGUGCAAUCUCAUCCUUACUCAUUCUUAUAGUAUGAGUUGUCCAGAAAUGGAAGCAUGGCUAGUAUUGAUCUUGAUUUUAGGUAUUUAGGGCUUUAAUUGCCCUGCAGUAAGGAAGGGGGGUCCUUGUAUUGUGAAAUGGUAAAGAGUUAACUUUCAAAUGAUGCAGUCACAUAAAUUAGAAUUCAUCCCUGCAGUAAAAGAAAGAUGGAAAGGGUAGAAUGCGUUGGCAGAUACCUCAUAACAUUAACAGCUGGGGGAUUGCUAGAGCAUUUCCAUUCUGGGAUUCAUAAGUUAAAGCAUGGCUUCCGUUGAAUAGUCAUUUAAAGGAUUGUUCAGUGUGAGGUUUCCCAUAACAUAUUUAAGCAUGUAGGAUUAGGCUUAAAAUCUAACCAAAACGGCUUGGCAGAAAAUGCUGAGUAUGGGAGGGUACUUGGAUUUUAUAACUAGUAUCGUUUGGAAGCUGGAGUGCAGAAAUGAAAGUAUCCUUUUGAAACGAUAGGGUUAUGAUAAAAGUAGUGUAGCUUCUUGCACUAUAGUAAUAGCUCUCCCUGUAACUUUGCUGCUUGAGAGCAAGAGUACAACUAAAAUUGGAACGUUGUUAGGGCUAUAUGCACAAAUAAGCAUUGAAUCUGGUGGAGGGCUUGAACCUUUCAUCCAUAACUUAUUUUUUAAAGAAGAAUGCAAUGUGCCCUUGAUGUUAUACCCUAAUGGCACCUGAGAUACUGGGAGCACAGUUUCCCAGAAUAGUAGAAUAUCAUGGGUUGAUGAAAGGAAGAUCAACCUGCUUGGAAACAAUUCUCUGUAUUGAAUGCUGGGUGUAUUUUCAUUCAAAGUUCUAUUAUAUGAUUCUUGGGAAGGAUGGACUAUCUAUAAACUGCUCAACUUGUGUGGAAAAAGCCUUGGUGCCAUCAGCUACUAAGCACAUUGGCUGUGCAAACUACCGGCACAAAUCUGUGUGCCAAGUGAAAAUUUUAAAUGCAAGAGUGCUGCUGUUGAUGGACAAGGUUGCCGGGUAAUGGUCUUUUCAUCUAGUGUUGUGGUUGGAGUUGAGCUACAUUUCCCAAACCAGCUGCUAUUAACUGUAGGAGGAACACAGUUCUUGCAUUGGAUGACAAUGUAGAGAAACCUUUAUAUGCAAUUCAGUGAAUCUGGAUGUUGAGUUGCAUUUUCAUGGUGUUUAGGAGCAUACACUUGCAGACCAUUUUCUAAGUGGUGUUCUUGGGACACCCAACAUAGGGAAAUUCUGAGACUGACUGGGUGGGGCAUUUGGACAUGGGCACUAAUUUUCAGUUUAUUUUUCAGAUUACAUGCCAUUUUUCCUUAGGAUGCUGGCACAUAUCCUAAACCAUGUUCUUUUGUAGUACUGUAACCUUGAAGAGUGAAGGAGGCUGAUGGUCACAUUACCUUCCCUAAGGUUCAUCUCUUGUUAUAUUCUUCCUAAAACUGACUUUGAAUCAGGAAGAAAUAGUGACAGUGAGAGGUUUAGUGGAUGCAAAUUCUAUCUGAUGAGUGCUGUUGUCAACUGGGCUCUAAAAUACUUGUAGCUGGACUUGGGGUACAUUAAGUGGGAUGAUCCCUAAGUAACUAGCAAACUGAUGUUAAAAUCAGGAUGGGCAACGUUUUCUGAUCCUGAUGCCGCAGUGUAAGUUUUCACUGAAUUGGAUGUCUUAGUUACAAGCUUUUUUCCUAUACAUAUUCUAAGAGUGUAGGCCUCUUUAGGCCCCAAAUUUGAGCACUAUUCCAUGUCUGCCUGCCCAUUAAGCUAAAAAGGGCUCAGUAAUAAAUUCCAGGGUCUUCCCAUGUUUCCACACCUGUUACUUAGAAAACCAUUAGCAUGCUAUGAACACAUCCUUACCAUUUAUAAUGAAAAGCUGAAUUUCUGUUUCUGUGCGUAUUUUGUGGUAUCUUUGUUUAAAAAGUUCUUGGCAUCUCCUUGGCAACCACUUGUGGCGGCAUUUUUGCUGGAGUCUUGAGACUGCAAUUUGACACUGUUUAAAAGUAGUGGCCUGCUACGUAACAGCACUUAGACAGCAUUUCCGCAGUGCAUAACUGUGAGGAACGUAGUACCACAAGUGGCAGUGGACAUUAGGACCCGGAUGUAGUAUUCCUGCUUGCUCCGAGAUUCUCAUUAUCGCCUGCAUUACAGGUAGGUAAAAAGCACUAUAAUUAACUUGGUGACUUUCUGUGUAACCUUGCUGUGGGGGUACUCUGGCAUCACCCUUCUGACGGUGGAAUUUCAGUGCAGCACUGCUCGUACUGUGUGAUACUAUGAUACUUAGAUUUGAGGCAUAACCUGCAGUCAGCAGUAGGCAAGCUAACUGUGAUGUUCAGAUGUUUGCCUCAGACCCGUGAUUCCUUCGUGUAUAUGGCUUGUUUCCAUCAUUGCUGUGUGCCAAAGACAUUUUAUCAGAGCUUUGUGGGAAGGGAAAGGGAGUAAAACUUCUGUGAAUAAUUUCAACUAAUCCAAAGGUGCUGUUUGCUCAUACAAUAAGUACUCUGAUUAAUGCAAACUAGAUUCUCAUGGCGACAGUCAGUUAUAGCCCUUUCUUGGCUAGACAGAUGAACGCAUGGGUAAAUCUUCCCAUGCCAAUAAAUGGUUGCUGUACUUGAAGACUAGGAAGUAGAAUUUGUAACUUUAAUGAUCAGUUCUGUAAAGUGUUUGGGUGGUGGGAUGUUGGCUGUUACAUUGUGUCAAAUGUUAAGGGAAGGGGCUGUGGCUCAGUGGUAGCGUGUCUGCUUGGCAUGCAAAAAGUCCCAGAUUUAAUUCUGGUAUCUCCUGUUUUAAAGCAUCAGAUAGUAGAUGAUGUGAAAGACCAUCUCUGCCUGAGAUCCUGGAACAUUGCUGCCACUCUUAAGUAGACAAUACUGACCUUCAAGGACCAAUGGUCUGAUACAUUAUAACACAGCUUUGUGGUCAUGUGAUGCUCUGAGAAUUGAUAGCUCCCACUUUACAUGUUUCAUAUACAUCUUAUCAAAAGGCGUGUUUCUCUGCUGCACUGGUAGUGAAAAUACAUGAUGGGUUGCAUACCUAAUGUGUAUUGCCCUCCGGGUUUUGGCUUUAUUGUGCAAAUUAGCAGAGUUCUCUUGUCUUUAAAGUGUUUCUGUAUGAUUUGGUUCUUGGCCAAAGCACAAGAAACCUGUUUCAGUGGGGAAAAGUUUAUUCUGCUUGUAUUAGUAACAUUUUACUGUACAUAUUUAGGGCUAAAGUGUACUUAUGUCAGAGUGAGGUGCUGCAUCUUAAGAAAGGGGAUUUAAUAAUGAGCAAGAUUCAACAGUGAAUCUUGUAUCAAUAACCUGUUACCAGGCUGGCUAAGCCAGUCAAGUCCUCUGUGUCUUGAAGUUUGAGAUGUAUCUUUAAAAUCAUGUCCACAUGGACACUAGUAGUGCCUUGGUCAUUGAAGCUUAAUAAAGUACCUCUGCUAGUUAAAACACGUUUUUAAAAUUAAAAAAUGGUGGUGUGAGUGCUAUUUAAUUGGGUUGCAAGUCUGCAUACUCAGUUUUGUGUAGUACGCCAAAGAUUUACUGAAUGUGUGUGAGAUUAAUAAAUUUUGCUUUCUACAUAAUUGGAAUUAAUAUCUCUCAGAGCAGGUGAGUUGGGCCUUGGGCUACAUUUUUGACUGCAGGGACAAACAGUAAGAUGAAGUAAUUACUCUUGUUUGCUCAAAGUAAGUGUAAGUGGCAUGAGAAAUAACUAAAAGUGCUUGCAUUGUGUUCCAUUCUUGACCUUUUUUCCACCUGUGAUUUUGAUGGCUUGCAAAAGUUGAUUUCAGAAGCUCAGAAGUGUGAUGCCAGAAUACAUUAUGCGUAAUGUGCUAGGCCCUCAGUUCUGAUAACUGGUGCUGUCAGGAGAGAAGCACUUCAUAACCUUGUGGGGGGAGGGAGGCUUUACUUCACUAUUUGCAAAGCUGUUACUGGCUGUAGUCCACCCCUAAACAGUAGUUUAAGGUCACUUGAGUGACAAGGGGCUGAAAGCUUGCCAGUUGUUGCCUGCUGGCCAGAGAGGCCUUUGGUCACUUAUUUAAAUAAAGCUCAACAUGAAGAGACUGUGCUUUUUUAGGUUUGUUUGGACCAUUGGUUGUUUUCCACCAUCACAGCUAGCAAGGUUGGAAUCAACAGGUCAGUUGCAGAUCUGUCUUUAUGCCAGUUGGUGGGAGUAAGUAAAUACUGUAAGGGGUGGGGAGGAGGGGCAGAAGAGAAACGGGAGGAUUGGCCUUCUUCCACUCUAGCACUGCAAUUAGAUAAGGACUGCUACAUUAGCACGUUUGUGCAAGCUCACGAUGGUGUAUACAAAUCCCCAUCUGAUACCUAAUGGCAUUGAACACCAGCACUUGAAAUGUGGGAAGGGUUGGCUGCAAGUGAAUUAGCUAGUGAUGAAAAAAAAAUCUGUUGCUAUAUUUUAAAAUGUGUUCCUUUUUGUUUUGCAAAAGUACCAAGCAAAAAGAAUCAAGAUGUGGACUUGGAGGAAACUGGCACAUUGGCUGGCUUGGCAGUGUCUUUCACCUUUUUAAGGGCAGUUAAAUAUUUGCUGGUGGAAAGGUUGCCCUUUCACCCACUGCAUGCCCUUAAUGAGGCUUUCAGAAGAGGGUACAUGGGGAAGAGAGGGGCAGCGACAUGAAAAGCAAGGUAGUAGAAAGCUGAAUAAACUCAAACUCCUAUCUGUAUUGUGAAUAGUUCAGAGGGUGUUUGGACUGGCUUUCAACAAGUACCAAAGAUGAUUUGCUUCCUGGGAAGGGAUGGGAGGAUGGAUGAAUGGCAGCAGUAUAGAGAAGCAGCCAAGUAGUUGGCUUUGCAUCUGCACAGAAGGGGAGUAUCCUUAUGCUAGGUUGGCAGUUGAGGAUUAAGAGACAACUUAAACUAGUUUGAUUGUUCACUAUCCUGUGUUCCAAUCUCUGGAAAAAAAUCAGUUUCUACUUGUGCCCCAUACUUCCCAAUGACUUGUUUUGGUGUAAUUUGAAAACACCCCUCAGUCUACCCAAUCUAUAGAUUAAUUCUUCUUUGUUGUUGUUGUUCUGUUUAAAUAUAUUCAUUUUCAGAAACUUGGAGAUAUGUAUUUUCCCACUAAUGUCAUUUCUUAUUCUUUAGGUGAAAGUAAUACCUGCUGGAUGAAACUAGAGUGCUGCUUUAUAUGAGUACAUAGGCCAGUAGUUGAUGACAGUUGAACAGUGGAGAAUGGGAGAAGCCAUACAUAAUGGUGAAGAGGAAGAAGCUGGUCCCAAACACAGAGGAAAUGUCCCAAGGGAUUCAGCGGCAGAAAACUUGCACCUUUACAUGUUCAAUAAAAAAGAAACCUUUAAUCUA